AGCAAGAUUAAACCCUAAACAAUCCCUAAUCUCUCCUCUCUCUUUCCCUCUCUCUGCCGAGCCCUUCCUCCCUCUCUACUGCUGCUGCCGGCGGCAGCCUUCUUCCCUCACCCUAACCAUUUCACAAACUCCUUCCUUCUUCCAUCCUCCAAACAACCUAAUCACCACCUCGGUGAUUCCUUUGUUACACCAAAUCCCCAAUCCCGAUAGAACCUAACCCUAAGGUUCUAUCAUUUGGUAUCAGAGCCCGGCUCUUGAUUCCUGAGCACAGAAGUACGACGAUCAAGAUGGUGGCCACGAAAUCCAAGGCUGUAGCUGAGAAGGCCGCAAAGGCGGUGCAGGAGGUGGAGCACGCGGCGACCGGACAAACGUCCACCGGCGAUGAAGCGGCCGACUAUCCCGGUCCACGGGAUGGAGAAAUGGUGGACGAGACGCUGGGAGAGGAGCUCCGUGCAGAGAUGACCAAAAUGGCGGAGGCCAUGGAGCAGGAGCGCCGAUCUCGGCUGAAGGGUGAGCGAGCUAGGGAGACCGAGGCGCGAGCUCCCGAGGCGGAGGCGCAGAAGGUGUGGCUCGCCAUCGGCGAGCUGAAAACAAUGUUGGCCGAGGCCUUGGGGCGAGUCGGAGAAGGCGGCGGCGCCGCGAGAGGGCCGGGGGCGCUGGCGGCCACCGCGGCAGGAGGGUCGGGCUUGGGGGGCGGCCCCGGCGUUGAGGGCGUGGCGGCGAGCGCCGCGUUCGGCGAGGGCAGCUCGGCGGUGGGGCCCGCAGCGGGCAGUGACGGCGCGGGCACGACGGGAGGAAAGAAGGCGGCAGGCACGGGGGCCGCCGAUCCCGACGCGGGUCUCGAGGCGCCUGUGAGGGACUCGGCGGUGCUGAUGACGACCGGGACUGGACCGCAAGCAGGAGGAGGCGGGCCGGAAACCGGGCCGGUGUAGAUUGGGCUAGGUAUGGGCCCGGGCCUGUUACCGACACCUACGGCCCAGGAAAUUGCAGCCUGGAAGGGAAAAGCCAAAAUGCCCGGGUAUGAGGGUGAUGGGCCUCUCAUGAACCGUGAACUGGACUUGGUGGGCCAAUACAACCAGAUCCAUAAU